GGAUCGACAGUUACUGUGCACUGCUUGUACCGCAUAGGUCCAAUAUUGCGGUGUGAUGUAUCGCGCAUCACCGCGUCGAGCAAAAUAGACAAGAUAGCACGGCUUGAGUACAAGACCGCGCAUGUGAAGAUGCCGCUAGAGGACAUUCCUCUGUAUUUGCCGUCUCUGGCAAGUGCUAAGCUGCAUCAAGCGACAUCAUACACAGCACGCGUCGCAGAGACUGGAUAGUAUGACAGACCGAGGAUGCAUUCUACUCCCACUAUUGUUAUUUAGGCAGCCCACCUCCUUUUUCAUGGCGAAUGGACAACAGUAAACUGCUCUCGGCGCCGCUUGCAUGCCAUGGAUCAAUCGCAGUCGCUUCUCGACGAGUACAAUGAAACCUCCUACGUUGUUGAUAGCAGCCAGUUUGACAGCCAGGGAUUUUGUGAUGGCUACGAACUUCGACGGCACAGAUGCGAGUCCGAAGCAAAUCUCGGUGCCUAUGAGGCGCGGAGAGACUGGCUUCGGUCCAUAGGACCCAUAGAUGAGUUCGGCAACGCCAAUCCCUACCAUGGUGACUUCACCUCUGUAGUAUUACCCUUCACUAUCCCGGACCGAGUACGACUCUGCGCGUACGCAAUGGAAUACGCAUUCAUCUACGACAACGUCCUGGAGUCAGCUAAAGAGAAUCUGCUGGACGACCCGAAUCUUAGCAAAUCUGACGCAUAUGAGAUUGACUGCAGCAACCUGUCAAUUACGGGCGCAAAACAGCUUGAGUCAAAGAUCAUCCUCUCCUUGAUGAAAAAGGACAAGCUAUGCGGCCAACAAGUCAUGCAAAAGUGGAAGGAAGCUGUGCUCACAACGGAUGGCCAGAAGCAAGCGAAGCCGUUCACCACAAUGGAUCAGUAUCUCGACUUCCGUCACUUGGACUCUGGCGCAGCCUUUGUUCGAGCACUCAUUCGCUUUGGCAUGGGUCUGACAUUCACCGACGAUGAAGAAGCCCUGCUCAAGCCUCUUACGCGCACAAAUGCCCGAGCGCUGUGUCUUGCCAACGACUACGUGUCGUUCGAGCGGGAGCUAGAUGCUUAUCAGAACCACAGCAGCGACGAGCCUAUCAAUGCAGUGUGGUUGUGUAUGAAAUGGGACAACGUCGACGCAGCCACCGCGAAGGAGAGGGUGAAGAGUCUCACGCUGCAGUACGAGGCAGACUUUGUCCGCGAACGGGACGCGUUUCUCAGCACCGAUGCUGGGCAGAGUCGUAAGCUGCAGAGAUACCUGCAGGCCAUGACCCAACAGAUACCCGGCAACCUUGUCUGGAGUCUGAGCUGCCCGAGGUAUCAUGCGGAGCGACGGUACGAUCCAAAUGCUGGUGCUGAGCUCGAUUUCGACCUACAAACAUCACGACCCACAGUCGAAGAUUUGCGAAACGCUUGCAAAGUCAGAGCGAACGAGAACAAGAGCAGUGCCCCAAUGCCAGCGGAUGGCCACUCCCCCGAUGCAAUGCCAGAAUCUUCGGAAGUAUGCGAAGCACGAGUCGACUCACCUGUUAACGAUAGCUGCGUCAGAAACUCUUCGCACAAGAACACACCGAGCAGCGAACACGUGAGCGGUCCAAUCGAAUAUACGCUCAGUCAUCCAUCGAAGGGCGUGCGAGACGCACUGGCAGAUGCGCUCAACGUGUGGCUCGGCAUCUCACCCAUUGUUCUUGAGCGGAUCAAACGUGUCAUACGAAUACUCCAUAACGCCUCGCUGAUGCUAGACGAUAUUGAAGACUGCUCACCGCUCCGUAGAGGCAAGCCGGCCGCGCAUACUGUCUUUGGUGUUCCGGCAACGCUCAACGCCGCGAACUUCGCGAUUUUGGAGGCUAUGGAGGAAGUCUGCAAGUUGCCGGAGAAGCUUGCGUCCCUGGAGGUCUUCACGCAGCAGAUGAGAGAACUGUAUGUCGGCCAGAGCUACGAUCUCCACUGGUCAUACAACAAUCAAUGUCCGACCGAGAAGGAGUACCUGCAUAUGGUCGAGCAGAAAACCGGCGGUCUAUUCGUGAUGCUCGCGCGUUUGAUGCAGGUGCACAGCAGCAGCGAAGAAGCGCAAACUGUACCAUUGCAGAAGCUACUAACCAGCCUGGGACAGUACUUCCAAAUCCGAGACGAUCAGCGCAACUUGACCACCUCCGAGCUAGAAGAGCAGAAAGGGUUCUGCGAAGAUCUCGAUGAGGGCAAAUUCUCGUAUCCCAUCGUCCUUGCGUUGCAGCAUUCAGAUGACCAUCAGUCCGCCCGUGCCAUCCUGCGCCAGAUCCUCACCUCUGGGAAAGCGCGGCGCUCGCUGUCGAAGGAAAUGAAGCUUCUGGCGCUGGAGCAGCUCGGGAAGACGUCGAGCCUGGAGGCGACGAAGGCUAAGCUGGAGUCCUUGUAUGCUGAGGCUGAGGGACAGCUUAGCAAGAUCGAACAACAGACUGGACGUGAGAACUGGAUUAUGCGGCUCCUGUUGUGGAAGCUGUCUCUGUAGUGCGGGCAGGCGUUUAGACAUGCGGCUUAAUACCCAGGGACAAACGCAGGGCCGGACAAGUAACUAAAUGAGGACACGUGGCGACCUAGUCUGGCGCGCAGAUCGUCUGUGGGUGGCAUCGGAGUUGCGAUGGAUGAAUGACUGCAUGAAGUAUCGGAACAAGGACGCACUUCAAUUGUAAUCAAUUGUAAUGGACUCUUUCCCUUCGGGCGGAUCGUUACUACCGCACCAUAAACACGCAAUUAUCGGCCUCAAGGUCCGUUUCGAAGCGACGGAACUACGGCAUCACGGUUGAGGUACUAGACCGAUGCUUUGCUGUUGUUGUUGCA